CGAUCCAGCUGGUCUUUGUCCCAUCGAAGACUAACCAUCCACGCCUUUUCUAUCCUUGCGUGUGUGGGAGUCGGCCAACGGAACCAAUGUGCUCUCCUCUUGCUGGGGAACGCUCCGAGUCCGGGAUUUGACUCAGCCAUGGGUUUUCGCCGGCAGUCUCAGAUCCGAGUCAAUGUAGUUCGUUUGUUGGAUGUGUAAGCUUAAUGGCCCGUGAGAAAGAGCCUUUUGCUUCUUGAAACAUCUCUUCUAGGUGCCGCAACAAAGGAAAGGUGACUGGAAUGUUUGCCUGUUUCGAUGUGAUCUUGCAUCAACAUCGAAACGAUCGUGCACUGCAAACUCACUCGCAUCAAUGGCGCCACCGAUGCUGCAAGUGUGAGACUCCUGUUUCAAGUGUUGCCUUUGAUCAACAUCACAACCUAAGAACAAGAGUGCCUCAAGCCUUUCAGCUUUGAAUUCGAUCUUUUUACCUUCUCCCCUUUGUCUUCCAAAUUGAGGAAAAUAAAGUCAGUUAUGCUUUGGCUCUAGCCUCUUACACCUCCAUCGUCCCCGGUCUCUUCUGUGGAUUUGUGCCCCCUUCCUGGAGCUUGCCAAGGUACCCCGCAGGAGUGCGUGCCCCUCUACUCCAAGAACCUCCUCAAUAUACCCAACGUUGCGACCACC